AUGCUCCCAAACCAGCUUUUCUCCAUGGAGAUGCCAUUCAGCCACACCCCCGACACCGUUCUCUAUCAACAAAACAUCUACUACCCCCAAGCGACGCACUACCUCACAAAGUACUACUCGGACGGACAUUGGUCUUGGCGCGAGCCUGAGUUGCACGACAGAUUUGCCCCUCAUUUGUCCCUCGAGGCCGAGGGGAUAAGGCUCGCAAUGGAAGAACGAGAAGCUCGUCGUACUUCGGAGGACGCUGAGAGCGACAGCGACAGCGAUUGCGACUCUGAAGAGCCUUUCAGUAUCAGCAGUGGGACUGUCAACGAGAUAUUUGAAGAUAACGAUACCAGCGACACGAGUAUCUCACCUUCCCUCUCCGGUUGCGAUGACGACAAAAACUCCACUGGUCUGCCUCUGUUUGGCGGCGUAAAUUACGAUCCCAACGACUUCCCCUACUGGGCCAUCCGACACGGCGGCAAAGCGCUUCCUCCCGGUCACUCUCUGCCCUCCCACGCAUACACCGGAAACCAAAAGAAGCUCAAGGAAGAGUAUGAUCGCAGGAAGGCCAGCGGAGAAGAGAUGUUUUCGGAAGACGAGGAGUCGGACGGCGAAUGCGAGCAUGUGUUUUACACUGGCAUCGGAGACAGUAGCAAGGAUGGAGGGGGGGAUGGGUACGACUCGAACUCGACAGCUACAACAAGGGACGAGUGGGAUGCCGAGGACUCUGAUGAGGAUUUCAACUUUUCGUCUCCUCCUCCCCGUGGCCCUCCGAAGGCGCCUGUGGCGUUCACCAAUGGUGGCGUAGUCGUGGAGGGGCCUGCUGUUCAACGGGCUGGUGGUCGAGGAAAGAGCACCUCAACUACAGGACAUAGCUCUCGAAACGUUGGCAAGUCAUCCAGUUCGACUAAGACUGCUCGCGAGUCUCAGACGGCCUCGACCCCGUCCAAGCCCCACACGCAGCCUGGUAAGGGCAAGUAUCCCGCCAGGAAGAACCUCAAAGCCUACCAGCUCCCUAAGCAAACUGGAAGCAAGCGUAAGAGCGCUGACGAGGACGCUUGCGACUCCGACCAAGAAGAUCCUGGCGCCAACAUCAAACGGCGCAGAACAACAUCGGGCGGUCUCGCGUCCAAGCAGAAAGGAAGAGUAUAUCGGCAGGAGGAGGAGGAUGACGAUGAGGACGAUGACGAUGAGAAUUUCUACAAUGAUAACUAUAUGCCGGCUAAGAACCGAAAGAACUUGUCCCAAUCCACCUUCAAGCCCCGAGCGCAAAUUUCAAAAGGCAAAAAACCCGCCCGUCCCUUCAAGUCUCGACAGCACAAAAAGGAGAAAGAGCCUCCAGAGUACUUGGUGGGACCCUUCCCUGACGACGGAUUCAAGUACGCCACGUUCAACAUGUGGACCAACAAGCCUGUAGACACCGGAAAGAGAAAGGGUUGUAGAGAAACUUGUCUUUGCUGUCGUAAAUCCAAACGUCGCUGCGAGGGAAUGCUUCCUUGCUACGAGUGUAUUAAGCUGAAGAAGGCUGGUGAAUGUUGCUACAUCGGUACACCGCAAGCGCCCCGAAAUAUCAAACUCUACUAUCAAAGGGGCAUGAUCAGGAGGACUGUGCAUGGUAAUUACACCAUUACUGUGAAUGACUUUGAGAAUGUUGAAGAGUGA